AUGGACGAAGCCUACGCCUCCCCCUCCAGCGACGGCCACGCCACCCUCCCCUCCCCCACCGACAGCACCUUCGACCUCUCCCUUCUCCCCCCACCACGUAAACGCCGCAACCGUACCACCGAGCCCCACGUCCCAACCUCCUCCUUCAUCAACCACGCCCCCACUUCGCACGACUCCUCCUCCUCCGACGGCGACGACGAGGGCGACGAGACAUUCCUGCGCGCCACCGGCUCCCGGCCGUGGGACGGGUACCAGCGCAUGCUCCCCUCGUCGCCGGAGGAGCUGCACAGUCAGAACCGAAAUGGAAAUAGCGGGCCGCCGCCGCCACGGAGGCUGCUGUUGAGGGAGAAGGAGGCGUUUGGCGCGCGCGCGGGCAAUGGCAGGAGGGCAUCGCCGCCGCCGAGAUUGACGCUUGGGGGCAUUGGCCCGGGAAGGAAAGACUCGAAAGAAGAGGAAGAGGCGGAGGGGAGUGGGGCUAAGGUUGCAGGUGAGGUGUCGCGUACGGGUGCGGUUGUAGAUGAGAGUAUUGUUCGACCUACUGCUACUGCUACUACACCAGCUAGUGCUCCUGCUACUGCUACUACUAUGAUUGAGGAUGUUACAAGCACAGCCAUCAUCCCCGCUGGAAACACCCACGCUCAGAACCACGAUGCGGAAUCGCAGCCUCUGCCACCGUCAGAUGCGAACGCAAACACAAACAGACGCAGCUUGGUGUCGCAGGGCCCGGGAAUCGAGCCGCAGUAUCCAAUCGCCGGGGAUAUGUAUGGGCGGCGAAAGGGGCCCGGGAAUCAAUCUACACCACCUCCGGUUGGUGGCGAUGCUCCCAGGACAAGUUUAGAGGAAGCCGCCGCCACGACCGGGGGUGCAAACGGGAACGGGAAUGGGAAUGGGGGAAAUGCGGGAAACAAGGCGCCUGGGUCGUCGAGAUCUGGCACGCCGCUUGGGACUGCGCCGGGAGGAGGGGACGUGGAUGCAGCUUCGGAACAGAAGCCGCAGGAUGGUAAUGGGCGGAAUAAAGCUCCCGAUUCUGACCCACAGAGGCCGCAGUCUACAACAAACCACGCACACCCCCGAUUGAAACCAAAGCCCACAACCACAACCACAACCACAACCCCCCUCCACCACCCCGCCGGUGAACCCCCAAUCCCACCACCAGCACCCACAGGCCCUCCCAUCCCCAUCCCCAUCCCAUACCCACACCCCACCGCACGCACCGCACGCGCCCCCGACCCCCACACACCCGCCAAUCCCAAACCCAAACCCACACGCAAGAACCCCGCCCUCGCACCUUCCCCCCUCAUCCCGCACAUCCCGCGCCGGCGGAGCGCAUCACCGCAGAAGCGCCGCACUAACCACAACACAGAGCCGGAGCUUCCCGAGCACCCGCACUCGUCGCCAGAAGAGAGCUUUCUGGGGAAGACGCCGAGGUAUCUGAAUUGGCUGAAUUCGUCCAUGGAUGAGGGGCACGCGGAGCCGGUGGGGCAUUGGAGGAGGGUGGGGGGUGUGGUGGGGGCGGGGAUGGGGGAGGAGAGUGGGUUUGUGGGGGGGGAUGAGGAUAGUGGUGAUGAUGAUGGGGGGCGGAGGAGCUUUUUUGAUGAUGGUGAUGAUGAUGGGGAGGGGGAUGGGGAGGUGGGGGUGAUGGAGGAGGAGCGGUUACCCAUGGGUGGUGUGGAGGGCUAUGGCGGUGCGGGUGAUAAGCGGCGUGGUGGCAGGGGGGUGAAUGGGAGCGGGGACGGGAACAGGAAGGGGAAAGAGAAAGAGGUGCAGAACACGGUUUAUCACUCGCUUGGGGAGGAGACGACGGCUGGUGGCGACGACGGCGACGACGACGACGACACGGAUAGUCGACUCCCACCACAUCCACAACAACCACACACUACAACAUCAGCAUCAUCACCAACGAAAGAAGUCGAGCCAUCAAGAAAGAAGAUGUCGCCGUUUGAUCCCACGAUGCCGCAGUUCUUCUCAGAUCCGCCCAUUGAGCUGCCAUCGACUGAGUCGCCGGUCAAGGCUAACGUCAAGCCGAAGCCCCCUCCGCUCACUACCACCACUACCACCACCGCUGCAACUACCAACAACAACAACAUCCCCAGCAGCAGCAGCCGCCCAUCAAUCGCCGAAAUCCACAAAGUGCCACCCCCGCGCUCCACCACGCUCAUUGGCAAAAAGUCGUUCAACGACCUCCUCCUCACCUCGCCCACGCCCAGCUCGCCCACCUCUCCCACGCACACACAGCCGCCAUCCAGUUUUGAGCCCGAGACGGACAACCCGCCGGACUUUUCGAGCCUGGGCAGUGGGUUCUCGUUUGCGAGCAUUCCGGCGCGGUAUAAGCAGCAGGAGUUUACGCCGAUUGGUGGGGGGAAGGUGAUGGGGAGUUCGGUGGCGUCUGAGGAGACGGUUGGGGUUGGAAGGGAGGGGAAGGAUAGAGAGGGGAGGGAGGAUAGGGAGAGGGAUAGGGGGAGGAGUAAGAGUGAUCCUGUGGAGAUCAAGGCGUGGAUGGCGAGUAAGGGGCUGGUGGUGCCGAUGCGUGUGGGGGAGACGAAGGAGGAGCAGGAUCGUAGGAGCUUCUCGGAGGAGGAGGAGGAGGUGGGGAGGAGUGUGGAGUAUAGUGAGGGCGAGAGCGAGAGUGAAGGUGCCCGUGGAAACCGCCAUUGGUCUGCACUGCAGGACUUCCACCACAGCAGCAGCACCACCACCGCCGGCGGUGCAGCCUCCAAAGCGCCCGCCACACAAGACGACGACGACGACGCCAGAGCACACACGCCCGCGUCCAUCAACGAGUCCAAAGACCUCAUCAGCGAGCUCGAAGGCUCCAGCAAGACCCUCUGGGUGCGCAUGGCACAGGCCGAGGCUGAAAACAACCACUUCCGCAAGCUGCUCGAGAGCAACAACAUCAAGAUCGACGACUCGUUCCACGACCUCAGCUCCAGCAACCUCGACAUGCGGGCCCCGCCCCUCCCACCACCACUAGCAGACGACUCCUUCGACGCCUCCACCUCCGAGGACGUCGGCUCGCUGCGCCGCCGCGUCAUGGAGCUCGAGGCCCUCCUCGAGAUUGUCGCCCGCAAGGAGACGGAGCUGCGCGCCGAGAACGAGCGCAAGGAUAACCUCGUCAUGCACUGGCGCACGCAGUAUAAUGAUGUGCAGAAGCUGGCGCUGCAGAAUCGCCAGCGCGCGCUGGGGCUCGAGAGCCAUGUCAAGACGCUGGAGCAGAAGGCGGAGAGCCACGGCCGUGAGAUCAACAAGGUGGUGAGCAAGCUUAGUGAGCGUGGUGAUGUUAUUAAGGGGGUGCGCCAGAAGAGCUUGGGGCUUGAGGACCGGCUGGCGGCGACGGAGGGGCAGCUCCGCGAUGCAAGGGAGGCGCUGGAGGAGAAGGAGCGCGCCGUCACGCAGUUGCGGGAGGCGCUGGAGCGCCGCCGCGCCUUCAGCGGCGAGGGCAGCGCGGAGAAUCUGCAAGAGAAGCUGAUUGAGCAGCAGCAGGCGCACGACGCCGACACGGCAAAGUUCAGCAACCUGCUCGAGGAGAAGGACGGGCUGGUGCGGCACCUGCAGGCUGAGCUGGACGAGAUGGUGAACCUGAUGCCCGUGGACCACGGCAGCUCGCGGCUCAUUGACGAGGAGGAGGUUGAGGACUGGCUCGACGAGAAGUCGCGCGAGAUCUCGCAGUACUACGACGACGGCCUCGACCAGAUCAUCACGGAGCUGCACGGCUCGGGCGAGCGCGAGGACUUUGAGGACGCGGUCGAGGAGGCCGAGAUGAGUCUGCGCAAGGUUGCGGAGCAGGCGGGGCUGGAUGAGCCGCUGGAUAAGGCGACGCUUGCGGCGUUCGGGAUCAGGCAGCUGAGGACGGAACAUACGCUCGUGAAGCGCCUGCUGGCCGAGAGCGAGGCGAGGGUUAAAGACACAGCCGAGCAGCACGAGAAGAUGCUCCGCCGCGCGACAGCAGACAUGGCCGAGAAGCUGCGCGCCAGCGAGGAGCAGCGCGCCACCGCCGCGAAGGAGGCCGAGGCCGCCGCCGACCAGGUGCGCGAGAAGCUCGCGGAGGCAGAGCAGCAGCUGCGCGCGCUCGAGGCGGACAAUGAGGCGCUGGAGGGGCGGGUGGGCGACAGCGAGGAGCGGGCAGCGGCGCUCGAGGAGGAGAAGGAGGCGCUGCGCGUGCUGGUCAACGAUACGAAGCGGCUGUCUGAUAUGCUCAAGAGCCAAGGCGCCGAGGGGGAGCGGCGGCGCGCGGCGGCCGACGAGGAGAUGGCGGCGCUGCGGAGACAGCUGGCGGAGGAGAAGAGCCAUGUUGGCGUUGUCGAGACGGAGAGUAUCGCGUUGCGGAAGCGGAUUGCGGCGUGGGAGGAGGCGGCGGCGGCGGUGAGGGGGGAGAAGGAGGCGGUGGUGAGGGAGGCGAAGGAGCGACAGAGGGUGCUGGAGAGGGAGGGGGAGGUGCUGAGGAGGCAGCUGGACGGUGCGGCGAGGGCGCAUGUUGCGGGGCGCGAGGCGGAGAGUGAGAGGCGGGUGGUCAGGGAGCUGCAGGAGCGCGUCAGGGCGCUGAAUGAGACGCAUGCUGCCUGCGCCGGCACGAUCGCGGAGCUGGAGGCGCGGGUGACGCUGGGUGAGCAGACGGCACAGCGCAUCGCGGCGGAGAAGGAGUUCUUGAAGGGGGAGCUGGAGGUUGCGGUGGAGGAGACGAAGGCGGCGAGGGGACGGUUUGCGCAGUUGCUACAUGACACGGCGGAGAAGGAGACGAGGCGCUUUACGUUCACCACCGGUGGCGGCAGUGGCGGUGGUGAUGGUGGUAGCGGUGAGGAGGACCCCGAGGCUUGUCGGCGCGCGCUGCACAUCAUCGUCACAGAGCUCGAGCGGUGCGCGCUGCCGGCGCAUAUUGAUCUUCCCCGCUGCGACGAGCAGCAGAUCGUUGUUGCCGAGGGCGUUCAGGACCCCGAGCUAGUGCGUGUGAUUAUUGGCGGGCUGCGGUUGCGCGCGCGGGUUAUUUUAGAGCUGGAUGAGCGCGGGCGGCGGUACAAGGGGGCGGCGAAGAAGCAUUUGAGGGAUGCGGAGCGGAGGAAGGGGAGGGUGGAGGAGCUGGUGGCGGAGGUGAGGGAGCUUGGGGUGAGGUUGAAGGCGGAGAGGAGGGCGUAUGAUGAGAAGAUGGGGCAGAUGAUUUUGGCGCUGCGGAAGGGGGAGUAG